CUCCCCAAACUGCUCCAUCUCUCCUCUCUCUCUCUCUCUCGUUGUGUCUCGUCUCACCGCAUAACCCGAAACAAAGCCAAACCGCUCAAUAAGGAAGAAAGGAAGAAAGAAAGAAAGAUUCGAGGAAGGAAGGAAGGAAGAAGAAGAAGGAGGCGAAGACAUUAAAGAAAAGGUCGCAAUUAAUAAAGAGGCAGCCAUUCUACAGAGUUGCAGCCCCCACAGAAGGGCGCGCACGCCGCCCCGCUCUAGUGUGCGCUGCCCUCAUCCUCCGCUUCCCGUCCGAGGCCGCCACCAUGGCUCCCUUCACCUUCCACCACCACCCCUCCUGGUCCUGCUUUUCCUCCUACAAUCAUCGAUGCAGCCUCUUCCUGAUGAUUGCCGCCCUUGUGGUGGCCUACUCCGCCUCCCCUGCCUCCUCCAAUGCUAACACGGACUCGGCUGUCCUCCUCAAGUUCAAGUCCUCCAUCAAGGACCCCUCCGGCGUCCUCUCCAGCUGGAACGCCUCCCGUCCCACCUGCACCAAGGAAGACUUCUCCUUCUGGACCGGCGUCCUCUGCUACCAAGGCUCCGUGUGGGGCCUCCAGCUCGAGAACAUGGACCUCAGCGGAACCAUCGAUGUGGACUCCCUCGUGAGCCUCAAGUCGCUCCGCACCCUCAGCUUCAAGAACAACAGCUUUGAGGGCCCCAUCCCCACCAUCAACCGGCUCGGCGCCCUCAAGGCCCUCUACCUCUCCGACAACUUGUUCUCGGGUGAGAUCCCCAAUGGUGCCUUCGACGGGAUGCUGUCCCUGAAGAAGCUCCACCUGGCUCACAACCAGUUCACCGGCAAGAUCCCUGGGUCAUUGGUUCUGCUGCCAAGGCUGCUCGAGUUGAGGAUGGAAGAUAAUCAGUUCACCGGCCAGAUCCCGGACUUCCAACAGAAGAAGUUGUUGGUUGUUAACCUGUCCGGAAACUCCUUGGAGGGCCCCAUCCCUGCCAGACUAUCUAAGCUGGAUCCGAGCUCCUUCUCAGGCAACAAAGCGUUGUGCAGUGCACCAUUGGCUCCAUGUCCAAGUCCUAGUCCACCCCCAUCUGCGACCCCUCCACCGUCUAGGUCUUCUGGUAUGAGAGAGCCACCGAGUUACAUUGCCAUCAUCGUCAUCGCGAUUGUGUUGGGAGUGGCUCUGCUAAUUGUCCUUGUUGUCCUUAUCUACUGCGCCCGGAGACGGAGGAACUCGAAUAACUCGCUGGAGGCCCCAACCCCAUCAAACCUCCAAAGGAAGGCGAGCUUGAAGGGUGAAAGCAACUCGAGGAUGGGUUCCCCAGAACACUCGGGGAGCAGCAAAAAGGGUGAAAGCACAAAGCUGUCCUUCGUGAGGGACGACAGGGAGAGGUUUGACCUUCAGGACUUACUCAAGGCCUCAGCCGAGAUCCUAGGGAGUGGGUGCUUCGGGUCGUCCUACAAGGCGGCUCUCACAUCAGGCACCAUGAUGGUUGUUAAGCGGUUCAGGCAGAUGAACAACGUCGGGAAGGAGGAGUUCCAGGAGCACAUGAGGAGGCUUGGCAGGCUCACUCACCCGAACUUGCUACCCCUCGUAGCUUACUACUACCGGAAGGAAGAGAAGCUCUUGGUUUCCGACUUCGUGUCCCGAGGCAGCUUGGCCGUUCAUCUUCACAGCAACCAUGCUCGAGGCCAACCGGCUCUAGAUUGGCCGACCCGGCUAAAAAUUGUCAAAGGAGUCGCAAGGGGUCUCUCAUACCUCUACGCGGAACUCCCGACCCUCAUCACUCCUCACGGCCAUCUCAAGUCCUCGAACGUGCUUCUUAAUGACUGCUAUGAGCCUCUCCUGAAUGACUAUGGCCUCGUUCCCGUUAUCAACCAGGAGAGCUCCGAGGAGCUGAUGGUGGCCUAUAAGUCUCCUGAGUACCUCCAGCACGCUCGGAUCACGAAGAAGACUGAUGUCUGGAGCCUUGGGAUGCUAAUCCUCGAGAUCUUGACGGGAAAAUUCCCUGCGAAUUUCCUCCAGAAGGGCCACGCAAGCGAUGAGGACGAGGACCUGGUGAAGUGGGUCAAAACAGUCGAGGGGUCGAACGAAGUGUUUGACAAAGAAAUGAAGGCGUCGCCAAACAGUGAAGGUGAGAUGACGAAGCUUCUGAAGAUCGGGUUGGCAUGUUGCGAGGCCGAAGUGGAGAAGAGGAUGGAGCUCAAGGACGUCGUGGAGAAGAUUGAGGAGGUGAAGGAGAAGGAAACGGAGGAUGACUUCUACUCGUCCUAUGCCAGUGAAGCAGACGUCAGGUCCUCGAGAGGGCUCUCUGAUGAAAUCCGUUUCUAAGUUCCGGCUCGGAGAUAAUCAAAGUUCUUUUACAGAACCGAACUAACUGGUUGGUGAUAGGCAUGAGUAUGUUUCCUUGUUAGAGGUCCAAUUUUCAGGGGGUGAGAUUUGGAGGUCUGUCAAUACAUUUCCAUAAACUUUGGUUUCAGCUUUCAAUGAAAAAAAAAAUGAAAAAAGAAAAAAAAAAGAUUUCACCAUUGUCUUUCACCCCCAAGCUCAAAUUCAUACAUGGAAACAUAGUUCUCAUGUCUUUUUACCAUUGACGAAGUUCCGGAGCUGUCUGCUUAAGAGAUUCUUGAUUGUAUCUUAUUUUAUAAAAACCGUAAUAUCAACGUAAAGUUUGUAUGAGAUUGUCAUUCGUUCAUUUUGCAGGA